CUAUUUACCAUGAUCUAUUUUUGCUAGAAAACCAAAUACCUUGGUUUGUACUUGAGCUCUCUUUUUUGACAAGACUAGAGGCCCGGAAAGCAAAAUGACUUUGGUUGAACUUGCUAUCACAUUCAUCCGCUUCGCAUUCUCAUCAGAUGAUAAACAUCUGAUAUCGAAUGAGCUUCUUGACGGCAGCUCAAGGAUCGUUCAUAUCAUUGAUCUUACGGUACGUUAUUUGGGUUCCUCAGCAAAAGAGAGAGAAAAACAACAGCCGAAGCAGUCGCCAUCCAGGAUUAAUUGGGGAUGUUAUCUGUGUUCCUCAGCAAAAGAGAGCAAACAACAGCAGCCAAAGCAGUCGCAAUCCCUGAUUAAUUGUAGUUCUAUUCCUUCUGCCACUAGACUUAGGGAGGCAGGAGUCAAAUUUAAAACAGUUGCAAAAAGAAGCAUACUGGAUGUAAGAUUCGACAAGAACGACGGUAAUCUUGAAAUCCCAUCUUUGCUGAUUCAUCCAGCUACGGAAGCAAUAUUUCGAAACCUCAUUGGCUUCCAGAUAUGUAGCCCUUGGGUUUGGUGGGCUUGGGGUCGCUCCUAGUGUGACAAUAAACUACACAGUACGUG